CACUGAAUUCCGCUUCACCCCGGAAUUGAUCCGUCCCCCGCACAACUCGCCCUGUACUAUCAACCAACUAGACCACAUCACUAUCACAGUAGAAGAUGCAUCCUCGAUAUAAGUCGUCGUGUAGGUGCUCGUAUUGCGACAAUGGAGAUGCAGCUUGCCAAGAAUCUAUUCUGCCUCACCACAUAAUACAACAAUAAUGGCAGAUUCCAAGAUUGAACGGCUCGAUACCACGCAGAGUGAUGAUGAGCGCCUGGCACAGAUCGGCCAUGUGCAGGAGCUGCGACGAGGUUUCUCCUUGUGGUCGUUGGGGAGUUUGUGUCUAUGUUUGAUGGCAACAUGGGAAGCUCUAUCAACUGUCAUUGCCACCGCGUUGAGUUCUGGUGGAGCCCCGUGUCUGUUCUUUAACUUCCUGCUGUCCAUCAUCUGUACAGUUGCAAUUGCACUGUCUUUGGGAGAAAUUGCUUCCAUCUAUCCCACUGCUGGAGGACAAUACCACUGGGUUGCAGCUCUAUCCCCACCAUCCACUCGUUCGGUCGCAGCUUGGUUCUCAGGUUGGAUUAAUAUCGGUGGUCAGAUCGUUCUCACUGCUUCUGCCGCCUUCGCUGCUGGCCUUCAGAUUCAGGCAUUGAUCAUCUUGAAUGACGAUAGUUACAUCCCGCAGAGAUGGCAAGGACUAUUACUCUACUGGGCAGUGCUUCUCUACGCUGCGGCUUUGAAUAUCUGGGGGGCUAGACUGCUGCCGACGACGAACCUGCUAGCUGGAGUCCUCCACUUGACAGGCUUGGUCGUCAUUAUGGUCGUCCUUGGUGUCAUGGCACCCAAGAACAACGCCUCAUUCGUCUUCACCGAGAUCACCAACCGUAGCGGAUGGUCCAACGAUGGUGUCUCGUGGCUGGUCGGGCUUCUCUCAGCAGUGUACCCGGUCCUGGGAUACGACGCGGCUUGCCAUCUUGCAGAAGAACUUCCCCAUGCUGCCCGCAACGUCCCACUCGCCAUGAUUGGAUCCGUGGUUGUCAACGGAGUCUUGGGCCUUGGAUACUGCGUCUUGCUUCUCUUCUCAGCCGGCCCCUUAGAGACCCUCCUCGCAACACCCACCGGCUUCCCAUUCAUGCAAAUCUUCCUCGACGCAACACGGUCCCACGCCGCCGCCACCGUCUUCACCAUCGUAAUAGAUAUCAUCGCUAUCGCGGCUGCGGUCGCCGGCAUAACCUCCACCUCCCGCACAUUCUGGGCCUUCGCGCGUGACAAAGCCACCCCCUUCCACCACUUCUUCUCGCACGUCAACCGCAGCUCGCAGAUCCCCGUCCGCGCCGUGGUUCUCGUGACAGCCCUCCAAAUGGCCCUGGGCUUCAUCUACCUCGGCAACUCCACUGCCUUCAACGCCGUGCUUUCCAUGGCCAUCCUCGGCCUCUACACCUCCUACCUCAUCCCCAUCGUCUACUGGCUUGUUUUCGGCCGCCCUCGCUUCCAGUCCCACCAGUUUGGUCCGUUCCGGAUGUGGAAGCCGCUGGGUGUCGCAGUGAACUUGCUUGCUUGCGCGUGGUUGGUGCUGGCGAUCGUGUAUGGUACCUUCCCGGGCAUGAUGCCCGUCACAGCCGAGACGAUGAAUUAUUCUAUCGUCGUCAUCGCCGGGUGGGCGCUUUUCGGAGCUGUGUAUUAUCUUGUCUGGGGCAGGAAGCAGUUUGAGGUGCCGAAUGUCGGGCAUGAUGCACGAGGGUUCUGAUGUUUUGCUCGCGUUUAAUGGCAUGCAUGUCUUCUUGAUGAUGUGAUGGUGGAUUGGAGGAAUCGCCUGAUCAAUUUGAGCGUUUGCUUUUCUGAUAUAUUACCAUAUUUGGUAGCGAG